UCUAUCUAUCUAUCUAUCUAUAAUUAUCUUUUGUUGGGAUGGUGGGAAUGCAGGAACAGCAGAGAGAAACUGAAAGAGGUGACAAAGAAGAGCAAGGAAAAAGCUGAAGAGCCAGAGAAAGAUCUGGAGCACAAGGGAACGCAGACGCCGGUCCCUUCACCGGAUGAACCUUCUGCAGCCAGAAAGGGACCAGCCUUGGACUUGGCCGGGGUCGGGGCACGAUGCAAGGGCUCCAGGCACGACGAAAUCAUCCAUCGCCAAAAAGACGCCUUGGCCGAAUUGCGACAAAGAAUCAGGAUGCUAGAAAAGGCUUGUCCUUUGGACAGAGCUUCAGAGCCCCUGAUAGUGGUCAAGAAAAGCCCCGUGGAGAAGAGAGAGCGGAAAACGGAGAAAGAAGAAGGGAUGGGCGAAAUGACAGCAACGGAGGCUAACAAGCUUCAGAGGAGCACAUCCAGCGUCGAUCCAAACGUGACCAUAGAGCGGACUUCCAAGCUGGAAAUGGCGGAUGCUCUGGACCUUAGUGAGAACAUGUACUUUGCUGCGAUCCAAGAUCUCGCCCGCCUGGUCGACGUGAAGGAGCUGGUGGGCAUGCAGACGGUCAUGUACCUCCCCCACGACGAACGGGAACGCGUCAAGACGCUGCGGCAAAAAGACCUCCGGCUCCUCUCCGAAAAAGUGACCCAACUGAAGAGUCGCCUCGAAAGGAAGGAGUCGCUGCUGAAGGAGUAUGAGAAAGACCUCGGGAAGCUCAGGGCCAACAAGGAGACGCUGCAAGCCUGCCAGUCUGAGAUUGCCAAACUGGGGGACCGGGUCUACCAGGAAAGCGAAGAGAAGGCUUUGCUGAAAGAAGCCCUGGAGAGGACGAAACUGCAGCUGACCCAAGAGAGGCGACUGAACCGGGCUCUUAAGCACCACAAGAAUCAUUUAGAAGAGAAGAGGAAUAGGAUUUCUCCAUGUCAUUCCUGCACACAGAAAUUCAGAGACGGGAAGUUUCUGCAGGCAGCAAGCCCAAAGAACCCAUUUCCUGGCGCUCGGAAGAUGAUUGAGAAGCCCGCCGAACCUUGUGAGAAAAGAGCCCAGCGCACCGGCUCUACAUAGCCAGCCUUUUUUCCCAGAGACUGGGAAAAGAGGGACUUUCCUGCCAGCUGUAAAAGAAAUGCCGCCAAUGUUUUAUAAAAACAUGCUUUAUAAAUAUGUAUAUAUUGAUCUGUACAAGUGUAGUGCUUCCUUGAUCAUUUGCAGCCUUGGCACAAAAUUAUAUAUAUAAGUCUUGAAGCAUAUGCCCCGAGAGGUUGCUAGAUGUCUUUCUGGGGUGGAAGAGAAAAAGAAAGAGGCCUGGAUCUUUGUAUGGAACUAUAAAUUCAUCCUUUCGACUCACAGAGAACAUUA